CUGUGCAGGUAAACGGGAGCUGCCAUGUUCCUCCUCCUCCUCUACACUGUUGUCAUGGUGACCUGUGACCCCCCCCCUCAGUGGGCGGAGCCUCACAACGCCCCCCUCUCUCACCUGGUGGUGGCUGGGGGCCGGCUGUACGUGGGGGGGGUGGAUCACCUGUACCAGCUGACCUCUGACCUGCAGCUGGAGGCUCAGGUGAGCACCGGCCCUCACCUGGACUCACCUGAGUGCCUCCCCCCCAUCGAGCCCUCAGACUGCCCCUCGGCCACGCCCACGCACAACCACAACAAGCUGCUGCUGCUGGAGGCGGGGCCAGAGGGGGCGGGGCCAGUGAGCCUCAUCGUCUGUGGCUCGCUGUUCCAGGGAAUCUGUGACAAGAGGAGUCUGUCCAACGUCUCUCAGCUGGUGUACCAGACUCUGAACCCGGUGGACACGCAGUACGUCGCCGCCAACGACCCCCGCGUCUCCACCGUCGCCGUGGUGAUCACCACCAGACAGGAAGGGGGCGGGGCCCUGCGGCUGAUGCUGGUUGGACGAGGCUACACCAGCAAAGGGCCCGGGGACAUCCCACCAAUCACGACGCGGCGCCUGUCCCCGGCUGAGCCCCCCCGCCGGGCCUUCUCUCAGGAGGAGGACCUGGGGAAGCUGGUGGUGGGGAGCUACUCCGAGUACAACAACCACUUUGUGGCGGCCGUCUCCCACGGCGACCACGUGUACUUCCUGUUCUCGCGCCGCCACAGGAAGGAGUACCGCAGCUUCGUCUCGCGGCUCUGCCAAUCAGAUCGCAGCUUCUACUCCUACGUGGAGGUGCCGCUGCUCUGUGGGGGGGGGCACAACCUGGCGCAGGCCGCCAUGCUGGGGGAGCUAUCAGGCCCCGCCCCCUCAGGCUCCGCCCUCUUUGUCGUCAUGGCAGCGGGACAGGCCUCCACCCCCGUGGCAACCGGCCGCUCCGCGCUCUGCGUUUAUGGGAUGGCAGCGCUGGACGCCAUGAUGCUAAGAGCACAGGAAGUGUGUUACACUGAAGGGGGGGGCAGCGGGGGGGAGGAGGCCUACAUCGAGUACGCCGUGUCAUCAAAGUGCCUGAAGCUGCCCAAG